CGGUGGCCGUGCGCGGUCAAAAGCGCGCUGGUUCGGAGGGGCUGCCGCGGUAGUAAUGGAGGGGGUCACAGUCGGCCAGGUAUUUGAUGCGGAAUGCAUCCUCAGCAAACGGCCGAGAAAGGGCAAGUUUGAGUAUUUGGUGAAGUGGAGAGGGUGGUCGUCUAAGCACAACAGUUGGGAGCCAGAAGAAAACAUUUUGGACCCGAGGCUGCUGGCGGCGUUCCACAAGAGAGAACAAGAGAGGGAGCUUCUGUUCCAGAAGAAAGGAAAGAGGCCACGAGGACGUCCGCGCAAGAUUCUGCCGCCUGCACCAGCUGCUCUUAAAGACAGCCGCUCCUCGUCCUCUUCUUCCUCUGGUCUUUCAUCGUCGGCCUCCUCCUCUUCCUCAGAGGAUGAAGAUCACACGAAGAAGGCGAAGCCCGGCCCUCGUGUCCACCCGGCCCCCCAGAAGAGGCCUCAGAUCAUGCUGGCCAAAGCCGAUCCUCCCCGCAAGAAGAAGCGCGGGAGGAAGCCGCUCCACCCUGACCUGAGGGCUUUAAGACAAGCGAAGAGCAGACCUCCUCCUCCUCCUCCGCCGCCACCUCCACCUGCUCCUCCACGUCACCAGCAGGUGCUCAAAGCGCCCAGGGAGGAGCCUCGACCUGGGGUGAAGAAACCUCUGCAGCCGGCCAGCUUCACCUACACCGGGCUGAGCAGGAGCUCCAGAGAGGAGGCUGCCUCCGCCUCCCAGACCUCCGCCAGCUCCUUUGCCCAGACAGCCGCCUCCAGAUCCGGAUCCCUCAGCUGCAUUUGGACCAGUCGCUCCAUGUCUCCGUCCUCCGGCUCCUCCUCUUACAACAAAAGCAGCCCGUCCCCACAAAGUAAGAACUCUCUGUCCGAGCUGAAGCGCUCCAUCUCAGAAACAGGCGGCAGCAGAGGAGACGGGUUCAAGGUGUCGACUCUGAAACAAGGCGGAGGUUCGGGGUCGUUGGGUUUGCACAGCAGCUUCGCGGGAGGCCAGAUGGUCCAGCGCUCCCCGCUGGGCCAGAGGAGGCAGGAGGGCGUUGGAGGUCAGACCGGGUUGGUUCAACACAAGCAGCAGAACUCCGGCCUUUCCAAACAGCCGUCCUCGCUAACGCCUCGAGACCGAGCCAACCAGGCGCUCAGCCUCCGAGCCCUCAACCUGCAGAGCGUCAGCAAGCCGCCGGCCGGCAGCAGCCUUCAAGGACACAACGCGAGCGGCACCGGAGCUGCAGCGUCCAGGUCGAGCUUACGGAGCGGCACCGGCGGGAUUGUUGUAAAAGGAGGAGUGAGUAUGAAAGAGACUCGAACAUCAGCUGGUGGGCAGCGCUCUGCGCUGGCAGCAGGCGGAGGUGCCGAGCAGGGGAGGUUGCGACAGGACAGGGGGAAGGAGGUGUUGGCGGAGACUAAGAAGCUGGCAGGAAGCAGCUCCGGCCGAGGGAACGGCAGCGGGAGGCACGAGGAGAGGAAGCACGGGCUCAGCUCCCAGAACCGGAGUCUGAAUGAGCUCAGCACCGGCGACUCUGACGAGACCAGCAGCAGCGAAUCGGAGCACGACGCCUCCCUGUUUCCAAACAACAGCCGGCCCAGCCUCGGCAACGACGCCACGGAGUCUGACACGGAAACGGACUGGCGGCCGGCGCGGAGCCUCCUGGAGCACGUGUUCGUCACCGACGUCACGGCCAACUUCAUCACGGUGACGGUGAAGGAGUCGCCGACCAGCGUGGGAUUCUUCAAUUCGCGGAAUCACUGAAGGACGUCCGCGAUGGUGCCUCAGUCUGCAGAGCUGAGCUGGACCAAACUGUCUUACAACGCUUCCUACAGCAGCUCUCAGGGUUCCUGCACCGCUCUGGAAAUGUAUCUACAGAUUUCAGUCUUUCGGCUCUUUAUACGCUUAAAAAUGCACAAGUUCGGGAAACUUAUCGUGUUGUCCAAACAGACGACGCAGCGUCUGAGGUUUCAGUAAUCCCGUGAUGUUACAUAAGUAGUAGAAGACAAACACACAGUGGAAACAUCAUGCUGAAUAUGAAAUCCCUUUGGUCAUAUAUUUGUUGAAACAAUGUAGGAACCCUGGUGUUUAGACCCCUUCUACACCUGAUAUUAAGAUGCAGUCUGUGGCCGGAGAAGGAAAAAUGAAAGUUCAAGGUGUGAAGGCUCACAGCGUUGGAUUUGGAUUAUACUCGAAUAUCCGUUAACUGAAAAUGCAGUCCUGGAAGUGUCGUGUUAUUCAUCCAUGCAUCAUCCUGCAGUCGCAGUUUUUGGGCCUGAUAUAGUUAACGUCUGGGUGUGGAGGUCAAGGUGCUGGAUGGAUGUGGAAGAAUUUGUCCUCAAACACCGGCGUCCCAGUUUCACGUCAGCUCCGUCAAAUCGUACCACCUUCUUCUUGAGAUCUCUGCUGCUUCCAUCUCAGUACGUGUGGAGGUGGAUGUAUGUUGGUUUGUGGUGCAAGUAAAGUCCCAGUUGCUCAGAAUAAUCCACAGACUUGUUUAAGGACUGUCUGCCGCUGAGAGCUCUUCUGCCACCUCAAUAUAUAACUUUUUGAAUGGAGUUUGGUUUGUGGUGGAACUUGUUAAACUGAAAACUCAGCAGCAGAAUCUUUUUUCCAGAAAUACGUUCCGGUUUCUCAGAAAAACCGCAGACCUCACCGAGGAGAGUAGGGUGGCAUUAAAUUGUAACUUUUUUGAAUGGAGUUUGGUUGGACGUUGGUUUGUUGAAGGUUCAUUCUUUCCCUUGAAUACAGUACAUUGACAACUUAAUUUUCACUCAAAGUCCACUUACUAGCCCUUUUUUUUUUUUUUUAGAGCUUUCAACCACAUGUUAUGGUCUUCAUCACCGAGUAGUGUUUGCUCAGAUGUCAUCACGUGCAUAGAUCAUGGGACAUACAGGUGGGUGUAUAACCUGCUAUCAUGUAACUGCUCCAUCCACUGAUGAAGUGAUCUUUAACACCACUAGUUCUUCCCUCAGUUUGCGUGUUAUUAGAAGGUGUAAAGGCGGGGUUUAAAACUACAGAUGGAUGUACGACACCACCUCUCCAGUGCCUCAGGUUCUUCCCAGAGACCACCGAGCCCACUGCCACCGUUCAGCUGCGUGUGAUGAUUAGUUUGAGUAGGACAUUUUGUGCUCGUCGGACCUGUAUCCAAACUAAAUAUGUGGCUUUAUCCAGGGCAGCAUGUUUAACAAAAUAUUCAAAACAAAAAAAAAAAAAAAAAAGUGAAGUCCGUCUGUGAUCAUUUUCAUCCAUACACAAAUCCCAUCUGGGUUUAGUUCCCUUUGGACCAAAGGUGUUAUGAAUGUGAAUUAUCUCGUUUUUAAUUUAAAUUUGUGUUACUGACAGUAUUUCUUGCACUACACAGUAUAAAUGUAAGCUGAUUUCUUCUCAUCUCAAAAGAGGCAUUCCAUUGUCACUGAUAUUUACCAAUUUUAUACCAUUUUAAUACAUUUGCCGUCACAAUGUCUUUUGGAGUUGAAAUAUGUGUUAAUUUAUAUUUGUAAAUAUGUUUUUUUCAUGUGAUAUCUGAUAUCUAUCUGGUGCUCAUAUUGGCUUACUAGCUUCAGAUACUUGUGCCUCUCCGCCAUUUUGAAGGUAUUUGAAAUAAACCAGAAGUACCUAAAGAAUGAAAA